AUGCAAACAGCAUUUUAUAGCCAUCCUGUAUUCUGCUUCUCUUGCAGAAACUUAAGUACCAAUGCAAAGAGUAGUUCGGUGAAAAUUCGUGCACCUUAUCCCUCUCAACUGGAUUCGAAAUGUGAAUUCAAUUGGAGGCCUCGUAAUUAUGACUCUCCCUUCAACAUUAAACCAAACAGAUUGUUUGUGCUCCCUAACACAAGUGAUGGCCACCCAACUGCUUCUACAAUGGAUGAUGAAACAAACACAAAUCAUGCUCCUAAUGUUAUAUCACCAAUAUUUCUCGGCAAUUGGUCACCGCCAAGGUACCUAUGGAGAGGAUUAUCAGUUUUAAUUCUUGCAGGACAAGUAGUUAUGAAGAUUUUAAAGGGAAAGGUUCAUUGGAGAAAUACUCUUCAACAACUGGAGAGAGUCGGUCCGAAAUCCGUUGGAGUAUGUCUUUUAACCUCAGCUUUUGUUGGCAUGGCAUUCACAAUACAAUUCGUGAGAGAGUUCACUAGGUUAGGAUUGAACAGAUCCAUAGGUGGUGUUUUAGCUCUUGCUUUCUCUAGGGAGCUAAGUCCAGUUGUUACAGCAAUAGUCGUAGCCGGACGCAUCGGAAGUGCUUUUGCAGCGGAAUUAGGAACCAUGCAGGUUUCCGAACAAAUUGACACGUUAAGAGUUCUCGGUUCAGACCCUGUUGAUUAUCUAGUGACACCAAGAGUGAUUGCUUCUUGUAUUGCCUUACCUCUUUUGACCUUAUUAUGUUUUACAUUAGGGUUAGCAUCUAGUGCUCUUCUUGCGGAUGGUGUUUACGGAAUCAGCAUCAACAUUAUAUUGGAUUCGGCUCAGCGAUCUCUUCGAGCAUGGGACAUCAUUAGUGCGAUGAUAAAGUCGGGAGCUUUUGGUGCUAUCAUAUCUAUAGUGAGCUGUGCUUGGGGAAUUACAACAAUGGGAGGUGCUAAAGGUGUUGGAGAAUCAACAACUUCAGCUGUUGUUAUUUCUCUUGUUGGUAUUUUCAUUGCUGAUUUUGCUCUUUCUUGUUGUUUCUUCCAAGGAGCUGGUGAUCAAUUAAAGAAUUGCAUGUAA